AUGGGCACACAAGGAAGCGAAAGUAGGGGAAUAGACGAUGAGCGGAGGAGAAUUGAAAGCCCAUUAAGGAGGACGGCGGAAGAGGUCUUGGGAAUGAGACGAUUUGCGGCAAGAAGUGAAAGUUUGAUGAGGAGUUCUAUUACUGCACAUGUGAUGGCAUCUUGUGAAAAUAAAGGCAAGGAUAUACCUGGUGGAUCUUAUGCUGGUGCAGUGCUUAAUUUUAAAAGUAACGAUAACAAGGAAAACAUACAGGAUUCACCUGAGUUAAAUCCUGAUUUGAAUGCUGGAACUUGGGAAACUCCCAGCAAAGUUAAAUCUUCUGGUCAUAGUAAGCAUAAUAAGCAAAUGUCUCUAAGUACAUUAGCUAAUAAACCUGAGCAUUUCACUGCUGUUAAUAAUGUCACUAAGCCCAAGAAUGUGACUUACAAGACAGAUAAAGAAGUGUCAAAGAUGGUGCAGCCAAACAAAGUUAAUGAAGUUAACUCUUCUCCGGAUUCUCAAGAAGAAUUAAAAGAAUGUGAUAAGGUUAAGUUUGUAGAUGCUCCAUUGCCGAAAGUCAACCCAUGGUCUGUAAAUCGCAAUGCUGCACUUGUUCUGAAAGGGAAACCAAGUGACCAGAAGGUUACGCAGAAUACCCAAAGUGAAAAGCGGAUAUUACAACCCCAGAAACAUGCAGGCAACAAUGUUGAAUCACCAUCCAAUUCUGUUCCUUUGAAAGAUAAAAAGAAGUUCAGUCGGAAGAAAAAACAUCCUCUUCCCCCUAGUUCAGAAAAAGAAAUGGCCGAUGAAGAAAAUAGUAAUCCUAAGGACGUUACAAUAAUGAAGGAAGAAUCAUCUUCAACUGAUAACAACAGCAAUCACAAUUGUUCUGAUAUUGAUCAAGAUUAUUCUAAUGGAACAGACAAAAAAAAGGUCAAGAAAAAAGUGGUUAACCGCCAUCAAAAAUGGAUACCAUUAGAUAUUGAUCUUUUAAAAAACAAAAACAAAGAAAAAUUUUCUAAGUCAAUAUACAAAGAUAGAAGUGAAGGUCGUGAUAAUUGUUACUUCGCUGGAAGGCCUAGAGAACUAGGUUCAGCUGUAAGAGGUAGGGGAAGACCUAUUGCUCGUGGCAGAAAUAGACCAAGAGGCGGUAUAAAAUCUAAAUUUGAUCCUGAAUAUUCUGAUUAUCCAACUGAUUACACCCAGGUUAGGACUAAGAAUCAACCUAAAAAAUGGCCUAUCCCUGAUACUGUUGGAGAACCAGUAUAUUUAUCAUCACAACAUCCAUUGGCAAUGCACCCAUUGGGACCUCCAGUUAUACCCAUACCAGCUGUUGUACCAUGUGCUAAUUUAAACAGGGUACCAAACUUUCCCCAACCAGUUGUUGCCCCUCCUCCUCUUCCAUUCAGUGUCCACGAAAACUUGAAUCCUGAAGUUCCAGAAUUUGUGCCAGUUGAUUCUGGAAAAGAAGAUGAACUGCAAACUGAAGUGGUGGAAAAAGAUGAUAAAAAAACCUUUGCAACCAAUGAGGAAACCGUAUGUGAUGUAAUAAAAGAACAACCUAGCCAGAAUGAAGUUGGUGUUAAAACAAAUGAAAAUGUUGAGACCAUUGUUGAAAGCAGUAAUUCUUGUAAAGUACCAAGUUCCUACGGAGAAGAAGACACCUGGAAGGAAGUCAAAAGAAAGCACAAACCUGUUGGCCCAAAACCUGAAAAGACGGAUUUCCCUAGUCAGAUGUCUUUUGAAAAAGAGGAAUUAGAUUUUCAAUUUGAUGAAGAACUUGACAAUGUUCCAGUUGGAAGAGUAAACACAUUCACUGAUUGGUCUGAUGAUGAAGGAGAUUAUGAAUUAAGUGAUAAUGAGCUCAACAAACUUCUAAUAGUUACUCAAACUUCACAACCUUCCCGAACAAUUAAACAUGAUGGACAUGAUAGGACUGGUGAUUGGACUACAAGAGUUAAAAUGACGCAAGAUUUAGAACAAGCCAUAAAUAUCGGUCUUCAAUAUUAUGAGGAAAGUUUAUGGUGCGAACAACAUGAUUGGGUACAUUCAGAUAGCUACAAAACUGUGAAACUGAUCACACAGGAAGACUACGAAAAAAUUGCUCCUAAAGCUCCUAGAAAAAUUUACCAAGAAAUGCCUCCUCCACCACCACCUUCAUUAAAUACAAAUGAAAAUGAAGUGAACAGAGACGAACAAAUGAUGGUAUUGGUUCAUGAUAUGUAA